AAGUUGGAGUGCAGUUAGGCUCGCGCUGUUUGUUUCUUCCUCUCUUGGCCUGGGGGGUGGGGGAAGAUGGCGGAGAGCGGCAAGAGCAAAAGCGGUCCGGCGGCUCCUUCGGGCGGAGGAGGUGGCUCUGCGGCCGGCGGGGCCUCCAAGCCUCUGACAGCCGAACAGGUGGUGGCUGGAUUUAACCGCUUGCGUCAGGAACAGCGGGGCCUGGCCUCCAAGGCAGCUGAGCUGGAGAUGGAGCUGAAUGAACACAAAUUGGUUAUUGAAACUCUCCGGGAAGUUGACCCUACUCGGAAGUGCUACCGGAUGGUGGGUGGAGUGUUAGUGGAACGCACUGUCAAGGAGGUUCUUCCCGCCUUAGAAAGCAACAAAGAGCAGAUCAGCAAGAUCAUAGAGACGCUGAGCCAGCAGCUGCAAACGAAAGGCCGGGAGUUGAACGAAUUCCGGGAAAAGCACAAUAUCCGCUUAAUGGGCGAGGAUGACCAGAAAGCUCCUUCCAAGGAAAACGCUGAGGGGGCAGGCACCAAAGCCAGCUCAGCUGGGGUCUUGGUCUCCUAGAGAGAUGAGGGGCUUGCUCGCUAAGGACUUUCCACCUCCUGCCCCAUAGUUGCAGUUCUUGAUCUCAAAAGCUUAACUAAUAUUAUUAUUAUUAUUAUUUUGGUGUUCUCUCUUUACAAUAUUUUUGUUAAAAUAAACAGGUUUUUUUGUGCA